AUGGCUCUCUGCCUCCCGCGGCUCGGGAUUGUUUCCCCACGCGCGCCCCUGCACCCCGCUGUCGCUCGGCGCUGGCUUGACCUCGAGCCGCUGGUGGACUCCAAAUUCGACACGCCACACGUGAUCGACCUCCUCCUCGGUGUGGACGUCUACCAUCGCUUGCUGGAGCCUGGCCAGAUUCAGCGUGACGACCUCGUAGCUCAGACCACUGUCUUUGGUUGGGUCUUUAUUGGGCAGGCCGCCGGCCUAGAGAUGCCGCACGCCUUACCGAACGUCUGUCUGACAUCUCAGGCCGACUCGCCUCCUCCUUGGCAUCUUGAGCUGGCAUCCCUGCUGCAGCGCUUCUGGGAACUCGAGGACGUUCCACAGGCCCACCGGCAGGCCCCCGACGACGUCGAAUGUGAACGCAGCUUCGCUGACCAUGGCCGGGCUGAGAACGGGCGCUACGUCGUGCACCUGCCUCUAAAGCAAGGGGGCUUGCAGCUCCUCGGUGAUAGUUGUCAGAGCGCCCUGGCCUCGUUGACUGCUCUGCAGCGCCGGCUACAGAGAGCUCCCGAGAUGGCCGUCGAAUACACCAAGUUUAUGGCCGAUUAUCUCGCUUUGGGUCACAUGAGGCCUCUCACUAGCGCUCAGUUGGCCGGGUCGUCCCACCCCGCUCAUUACAUCCAGCAUCAUGGCAUAUGGCAGCAUAGUGACCAGGGCCGAAAGCUGCGCGUUGUCUUUAACGCUUCACAUCCAACUUCGAGCGGCUGCAGUCUAAACGAUGUCCUCCACGCCGGGCCCCGACUUCAAACGGCCUUACCUCACGUGUUACUGCGCUGGCGCCGACAUCGUAUCGCCUUCUGCAGCGACGUUCAAAUGAUGUUCCGCCAGAUCUGGAUCGAUGACCGAGACGUCGACUUGCAGCGGAUCGUUUGGAGCGCGGACCCUCGAGAGCCGCCCACGCACUACCAGUUGCUCACUGUCACAUACGGCGCGUCGUGCUCUCCGUAUCUUUCCCUACGUACCAUCCAGCAGCUGUGCGAGGACGAGGGCUCCCGUUGGCCCGAUGCGGUGCCCGUUGUUAUGCGCGACCGCUACGUCGAUGACAUUCUCUCUGGAGCCGAUAGUCUCGACACUGCGCGACACCUCCGUGACCAGUUGAUCGGCCUCAUGCAAGCUGGCGGUUUUCCGCUCCGGAAGUGGGUCGCGAGCACACCAGAGCUGCUCGAGGAUCUUCUGCCCGAUGUUCGCUUGCGCCCCGCCUGGGAUCAGCUCGGCGCUGAGGGCCUUGUUAGCGAGCUGGGCGUUGGUUGGGAUCCCCCGGUCGAUCGCCUUCGCCUAACUCCGGUCGUCGUGCAACGCCAGACUACGAAGAGGACCAUGCUCGCGGCGCUUGCAAGCAUCUUCGACCCAUGUGGUUGGCUUGCGCCAAUCACUUUGAACGCGAAAUUGCUGCUGCAGGAUCUUUGGCGGGCUCACCUCGACUGGGACGAAACAGUACCAUCGUCCAUGGUCCGGCGCUGGAUGGACUUUGUGGCUGAGCUCCAAGUCAUCUCCGGCUUCUCUCUUCCCCGAUGGAUCGGUGUCUCGCCAGCGUCCGACCUUCAUCUGCACGUGUUCGCUGACGCCAGCCGGCGGGCGAUGGCCGCCGUAGUGUACUCGCGGUUGGAGCGCCCGGGCGAGCCGGCUUCCUGCUACAUCCUUUUGGCUCGCUCAAAGCUUGCUCCCAUCCGCUCACUCAGGCCAGUCUCCGAGCCUGUCGCGCGGAUGACGAUUCCUCGCCUUGAGCUCAGAGCCACUCUACUCGGUGCAAAGCUGCUCCGAUCAACCGCGGAUGAGCUGGGUGUCCCCGAUGAUCGCUGCCACGCCUGGAGCGACUCUCAGAUUGUUCUGCAGUGGCUUCGUUCCUCCCAGCCGACCAUUAAUGUGCUCGUCGACAACUACGUGGCCCAGCUUCAAGAAAUAUUCUCUCCGAGCAUCUGGCGGCACGUCCCGACGGCGUCAAAUCCGGCGGAUCUGGCCACUCGGAGCGCCGACAUGUCAGGUCUCCGCCAUCAGCCUUUGUGGUGGCACGGGCCCUCCUGGCUGGUUCGUGACAUCGGGUUAUGGCCCCCGGAGCCCGUAUCCCGACCAGCGCCGGCUCUCAUCAGUUGCUGCACCGUUCAACCGUCCAGCUUCGACCUGCUUGAGCAAUUCUCCAGUCUCCACGUCCUAACGCAAUUGCUCGUUCGUGUGCGGCGGUGGAUUCGGCGCCGUCUCCAUCGCGAGCCCGCUCUCCCCGUGCUCUCGCCACCAACGCCGACCGAGCUCCACGCCGCUUUCCUGGCUUGUGUCCGUCUGAGUCAAGCUCCAGCAUUCGAGGCGGAGGUUAUUCGACUGCAAAGGGGUGAGCAGUUACCAAAAACAAGCCCGCUCACGGCCCUCUCUCCGUUCUUGGAUACCAAUGGGAUCUUGCGCGUCGGCGGGCGGCUCGCACAUUCGUCGCUGACCUAUGAGGAGAAGCAUCCGCCAAUUGUCCCCGGUUCCUCUCCUCUGGCUCGACUAAUCAUCGCCCGGGCGCACUCCAGAGCCCUCCACGGUGGCUUCCGGCUUACUAGCGCAUAUGUGCACCGGCAGGCAUGGAUUAUCGGUGGCAGGACACGAAUCAAGGCCCACCUGCGCCGUUGCAUCGUCUGCGCCCGGCUGCAAGCGCGGGCAUCCACCCAGCUUAUGGCCCCUCUACCAGCCUCCCGGGUCACUCCUUGUCGAGCCUUCGGUCGCACUGGGGUUGAUUACGCGGGCCCUUUCCACGUGCUCGCUUCGCGUGGACGAGGCAUCCGGACCACCAAGGGAUAUAUUGCGGUCUUUGUGUGCUUGACGACGAAGGCGUUGCACCUCGAGCUCGUUGGCGAUCUCUCAACGGCCUCUUUUCUCGGCGCUCUCACCCGUUUCUCCGGUCGCCGUGGACGCCCGGCCGAGCUGUGGAGUGAUAACGCCACUUGCUUCCGACGGGCCGACCUCGAGCUGCGCGAAGCUCUUCAGGACGCGGAGAUUGACUGGGCGCUUGUUGCUGGAACGCUCGCCGAUCAAGGUGUUUCGUGGCAGUUCAUCCCACCUGGGGCGCCUCAUUUUGGUGGUCUUUGGGAGUCGGGUGUCAAGUCGGUCAAGGGCCACCUCCGACGCGUCAUGGGCUCUCGGCACCUGACCUACGAGGAGUUUUCGACUGUUCUCAUUGGCAUCGAGAUGGUCUUGAACAGUAGACCGCUCACUCCUCUCUCCAACGACUUGGGAGACCUUGAUGUCCUCACUCCGGGCCAUUUCCUCAUCGGCGCCCCUCUUGAUGCCGUCAUCCAGGCUGGGCCCCCAUCGGAAAGGCUGGACACUCUCGCUCAUUGGGACCUCGUCAGGGCGAUUCGAGCUCAGUUUUGGUCUCGCUGGAGUCGAGAGUACCUGAACACACUCCAGCAACGACCGAAGUGGCGUACCCCUCGCCGGAACUUCGCCGUGGGCGACACCGUGGUUCUUCUCGACUCAACUCUACUUCGGACGGAUGGGCGCUGGCCUCUUGGCCGCAUCACCCACGUUCAUCCAGGACCCGAUGGUCUCGUCCGUGCGGCCACUCUGAAGACAGCCACCGGGGAGUACCUGCGGCCCGUCGCCAAGCUUGCAUUGCUUCCGGUCCCUGAUCUCGCUGAGACGCCGCCGUCGGCGACUGUUUCAUCUGAUGCCCAGACUCCUUCGGCGGGCGGCGUUUGA